AAUGAGAAGGAAAAGUGUCCUCCCACUUGUUGGCCUCUUCCUUGUUCUUGGUGUCCAGCAUGUAAUCUCUGAAUCUCCUCUCCCAAAUCACGGGGACUGUGGAGUCUCCAGUGACGAUAAAGAUUUGUGUGCCUUAUAUUGUUAUAGGUCUAUGAAACUCGGUCUAGCUUACAUUAUUGAGUUGAAAGAAAAAAUCAAGAUGCUCGAAGAGAAUCAAUCAAAGAGUGAAAAUAGUCAACUAAGCAAAGCAGUUGAGAAUUUGCAAAGUAAAAUUGAUCAACAGAAUAUUCAGAUAGCUAAUAUUAACGAUUUCAUCACAAACUCAGUCAGGCAGAAAGAGGUGGAAGAGAAAGCCAAAUCUCAAACUGAGAUAGACAAAUAUAAGAGACAAGUAGAACAAUUGAAAGAGAACUUAGAAAAUGUUCAACGUCAAGCAGCAAAAGAUAAGGAAGAAAACUUAGCUGAACAAAGAAAUAGAAAAAGCGAAAUGGAGAAUCUAAAAGAGAACUUAGCAACCCAAAAGUCAGAUUCAGAUAAAGCAUUUAAAGACCUCGAGUCGAAAAAAAAGGAAUUUGAAGAAUAUCAGACUAAGGAAAAGAAUUCCAACAACAAAAUUGGAGAAUUAAAUUCAAAAAUUUCAUCCUUACAGAAAAACAUUCAGAAAGAAAUGGAUGAGAAAGCCAAAUCUCAAACUGAGAUAGACAAUUUUAAGAGAAAAAAUUAA